AUGCAAUUACUGCUACGCUCCUUUGGAACGCGACUGAACCUCCUCUCCCGAACUUCCGUCCGUAAUAUUGCCACAAACUCGCCCCGGCCCUCUACACAAUCGCGAUCACCAUGGCCUCGCCGUCUACUCUACAUUGCCAUCUUUGGAGCUCUGGGGAAGCUGGCGGGUGACCAAUCCGAGAAGCUUAUCCUCCAUCCCAUUACCCCUGGGUCGGCAGAAGACGAAGCAGGGCUAGAGAGCAUUCGGAAAGUCUUUGACGCCCUUCCUAUGGUACAAAAGCUACGAGAGAACCCGGACUACGUGGAAACCGAGGCCUACGAGAACUUUAGUGAGGAAAAGAAGCGACCUCGAUUAACAAGUGGCCCGAUGGCUGGAGCCCGAGGCUUAGGAUUGCAGAAAGUUUUUUGGAAUGACAAAGACCGUGAGCUCGUCAAUGUGGUCUUCUUUGGGCCUGGCCUUGAUGGCUGGCCGAGCAUGGUGCAUGGUGGAGCAAUAGGCACCGUAAUUGAUGAAAGUUUGGGCCGAGCUGCCAUUCGACACUUCCCGGUGCGCACGGGAGUCACUGCAAACCUCAACAUUAACUAUCGCGCACCGGUCUACUCCUCAAGAUACUACGCCUUCCGUACCAAGCUGGACCAGGAACGGAGCACCGACAGAAAGGCGUACGCCACCUGCGAAGUUCGAGACAGCCAAGGUCGUCUAUGUGUUGAGGCAUCCGGGCUCUUCGUGGUUCCCAAGAAGUUCCAGCUUGCUGAAAUCGGCGAUCGUUUUUGA